AUGAUCAAAAGCUUGCAUUUAACAGAAAAAUUUUUGAAGAAAGUCCUAGAAAAAGAAGGCCCUUCGAAAAGCAAUAGCAUGAAGACGCGACAUCAAAAUCCUUACCUCGGUCAGAGUGGUCGAGCUCUGCAAGAUCGCGCUCAAGUUCAACCUCCUCUAGCUUUUGAUACCACCAAUCUAACAUGCCAACGUCCUUUACAUUAUCAGCAGGGUCCUCUUCCCACCACAAAUCACAUCCCAAGUAAUUUUAACGCCACUACGCAAUUCGAAUCAAGUCGCGGGAGGCUUCAUAAAACCUUCCGACGAACUCUUCAAUCUCAGUAUAAGCAAUAUGGUGGCUUUCGUACGGGUGUUGGAACUAAGUUCGGCAAUCAGGGCCAUAAGCGAUUUACACAGACUAUGUCGUCUUCAUCUUCUUUCCGCAAAUCUAGCCGGCCGAUCGAACCGAUAAUUAAUAAUAAUACAAGAUCCAGUGGGCGGACGGCAAAAAAACGACCGUUAUCACCCGCGCUGUCGUCGCGUGCCUCCCAUCUCCGUGGAAAUCCUGCAAGCAGGAAAGCUCCGAAAUUGCCCAAAAAAGAAGUUUCAAGCAGAAUUUCCAAAUUAAAAUAUCAAAAGUCGAAAAAAUCUGAAAAAAACGCGUCCGUAUCUCAGAUUAAGAAACAAAAUAAUAGUGCUAGGCAUGAGAGAUCUGCAUUCCAACCUUUACCAGACCUGAUCUAUGACAUGAACUAUAUAGUCUCAACUUAUAAAACCAACGAAGUUGGCUCGAAGAAAGGAAAUCAAUCGUGGAUCAAGAGUCCUAGGAAGUUUCUUAUCAACAUCCUUCAACAUCCCGUCGAAUGGAAACUAUAUGGUCCCGCCGAAAGUCCAUUGCAUCGGGCAACCGUCCAGUUGGAAAUUUCCGGUACUAGGAUACUAGGGCAUGGUGAUGCAAAGAACAAGAAAGAAGCGGAAAGAAUAGCUUUUUUGAACGCCUGUUACAUGAUUGAGGUUCAAGGUUUAAUGGAAGAUGUAAGAACCCUAUGCAAGAGGGAAAACAGUGAUUGCAAGAAAUUCGUUUUUGAAUAUUGCUCAAAAUUCAAUUACCUCCCUAACUUUAACGUCACAAAUGUGGGGCCUGACCAUGAUUUAUUGUGGGAAGCUAUUGUGGAAUUUCCUUCGCAAAAUUUGGUCGGUCGUGGUCGCGGAAAGACAAAGAAAGAGGCAGAACUGAAGGCAUCAGAAAUUUUCAAAAGAAAUGCGGAAGAAUACCAAGCUCAUCGUGGAGAUUAUAAAGCAGAAAGUAGCAUUAUCUCAGAGGAUCAGGCUAGAAAAUUUAUACAAUUCUACUGCAAGUUCUUUAAAUUUAAAAACCCCGUACUAAGAAUUAAGAAUCUAGGCUCUCUCGAGAGUCCUCAGUGGUCCGCUUCUCUGAUUGUUGAAAAUACAAUAAUAGGAAAUGGGGAAAGAUCUAAUAAACGAGAGGCGCAAAAUAUUGCGUACUUGGAUGCUGCCAUUUCCCUACGCAAAGAUUCUCCAAGACUUUGGGACAAAUUCGAAUCUAAUAAGAACAAGGUGAAAUUAUCGGAAAAACCAACACCAAUUGUAAACGUUGAAAUGAACGAUCCAACCUUUAAUAGUCUUUGCAAAUUGAUCACUGAUAUUCGUGGUGCCAAUAUGUUUAACCGAGACGGUGGCGCGGAAUCUAAAAUUAAAUUAUCAAAACGAACUUUGGAAGAAAAACCAAACUUCAAAGCAAACGCAGGAAAAAAGAAAUUCACUGAUAGCUACCUCGAAGAGAAAUCCCAGAAGUUAUAUAAUAGUUUUCAGGAUUAUCUGAAUUCUGUAAAAACUGAAAAGAUCAGAUUUGAUCGUAGUCAACUCCCUAUUACUCAUUACUCUAGUAUUAUAUUAGACGCUAUCAAGAACAAUCCGGUGGUGGUGAUUGUUGGUUCAACCGGGUGUGGUAAAACCACUCAACUGCCUCAACUCAUCUUUGAGGAAUCCAUCAUGGAACGACUGGGUGCGCAUUGCAAUAUUAUUGUCACUCAGCCGCGUAGAAUAGCCGCAAUAUCGGUAGCUCAACGUGUUGCAUACGAACGCUCGGAAAAACUGGGCCAAACUGUCGGUUACAACGUUAGAUUUGAUGUGGUUAAACCGGCUCCAGCUGGAACUAUUUUAUAUUGCACCACUGGAAUCUUUCUUCGACGAAUGCAUGAAGUACAGACCGGACAUGACGCAUUUGAAGGCAUCACGCAUAUUGUGGUGGACGAAGUUCACGAGAGGGACAUGAAUACUGAUUUUAUGUUGGUCAUAUUGAAGCAGAUUCUCCAAGAAAGAAUUCGAAACAAUUUGCGGCCGAUCAAACUUAUUCUCAUGAGCGCUACGAUGGACACCGGAGUUUUCUCGGAGUAUUUUGGGAAUUUCUUCCCUAACGGAAGAUGUCCCGUGAUUGAGGUCCCGGGGAAAUUAUAUCCCGUACAACAGUUCUUCUUGGAAGAUAUUGUGAAAAUGUUACGAAAAACCUAUACGCCUCUCGAGGUAAAGCUGUUGAACCAAAAAGAUACUUGCAAAUAUAUUGAGCGUGAAAUACAAUUUUUUCAAAUGCCAAAAAUCCUUCGCGAUGUAACUCCAUCUCCACAGGUCAGUGGAGAAUCCACUGCAAUGGAAUUAGAUAGUGAUGAAGAGGCAAGCGUCCAUGGUGAUCUCGAGGAUGAUAAUGCCUCAACAGAGUCAUCAUUAAAUGAGAUUACAGAUUCCUUCGGGUCUAAACAAAAUAGUGAAAUGGAAGACAUUGAAAAAGAAGAGGUUGAAGUUCCUUAUAAUUUAAUAGCCUUGGUAAUCGCUCAUAUUGUCCGUACGACCAAUGAGGGAGCAAUAUUAGUCUUCUUGCCGGGAUGGGAAGAUAUCACAUCUCUCAAUCGCCUUCUGACCUCUCAUCCGCACCCUCUUGGAAUUAAUUUCUCUGAUUCGUCGCAAUUUAGAAUUCACUUUCUUCAUUCUUCACUUCCUUCCUUGUCGCAACAAGAAGUGUUCGAAACACUACCCUAUCCAACCAUGCGAAAAAUUAUCUUGGCCACAAACAUUGCAGAAACUUCAAUUACAAUAAAAGAUAUCGUUUACGUUAUUGAUUCUGGAAAACUUAAAGAAAAUCGCUACGAUCAGUCGAGGAGAAUGACAAAUUUAACAACUACCUGGAUAAGUCAAUCAAAUCUUCGUCAACGCUCGGGUAGGGCAGGUCGCGUUAGGGCAGGUGAAUAUUUUUCGAUGAUGUCGCGCAACAGAUCCCAAAAUCUUGAAGCAUACUCGAUUCCGGAGAUUAUGCGUUCUGACUUGCAGGAGAUUUGCUUGCACAUUAAGGCUCUCGGCUUUUCCUCAUCAAUUGCUAAAGUUCUUUCACAGGCCAUCCAACCACCAGAUCAAGCCCAUAUCAAAAUUGCCCUUGAGAAUCUUAAAUUACUGCAGGCAUUGGAUCACAAUGAGGAGUUGACUCCUUUGGGAAAGGUUUUGGCUAUACUCCCGAUGGAGCCGGGUUUAGGAAAAAUGGUAUUACUUGGUUCCGUGUUCCAGUGCUUGGAUCCUAUUUUAACAAUAGCAGCGUCCAUGGCUUCGAGAAGCCCAUUUCAUUCUCCUCCAUACGCGAAACUAAAAGCUGAAGAAACCAGAUAUCGUUGGUCGCGUGGACUUUGUUGCGAUAAUUUGACUGUUUUAAACGUUUAUGAGGCUUGGUACAAGGUUCAAGAAUCUGGAACGGCUGAUGAUAUAAACGCAUUCUGCAGUGAAAACUUCCUCAGUCGGACGUCGAUGAAAACGAUUGAACAAAUCAAACUUCAAUUGCUUAAUCUCUUACAACGUUCUGGGGUUGUACCAGAUUACUACCGUGGAAAACGAAAGAAUAAUUACGGUGAUCAUACAUUGGGACCUCCGGAAUACAAUGUGAAUUCCAAUUGUAUUCCAUUAAUUCGUUCCCUGAUCUAUACUGGUGUCUACCCAAACCUAUCUGUUAAAGUGACAAAAAACGUUCUUAGAACUCGACAUGAGAAGGUUACACUUAUUCACCCUUCAUCGGUGAACAACAGAAAAUCCGUAAAGUUUGAGGCAGCCCAUCGUGAAAACCGUCCGACUAACAUACACAGUAAUAAUAGUUUGUUCGGUUCGAUAGGUACGCUUUAUGCAUAUUCUGAAAAGAGUAAGGCUACUGGAUCAUCAGUAUUUCUCCGCGGGACCACUUGUAUAGAUCCGUUGUCAGCAAUUUUAUUUGGAGGUGAGAUCAAAAUUAACAAAGAUUCAAAUCUUAUUGUUGACGAAUGGCUAAAAUUUAGUGGCGAUAGUUACGUAAUCAAUUUGACGAAUGAAUUGAAAUUUUUCUUGGAACGAUGCUUAACACAAGUAUAUGAAAGGUUGGAGGUAUCUCGUAAAGACUUUAGAUUAGCCGGACAAUUAGAUCAUGAAGAUGAGAAAGUAAAAGUAAGACUUGUCCGAGGGAUCGUUGAGGUUUUGGAGAAUAUAGAACGUGAUUCGCAAGAACGUUAA